UUUAAUCGUUAUUACUCAUUAUAUAAUAUAAUUUCAACGUUUUAUAAGCAGAAAUAAAAAACACUCUCGCCGCCAUCAAUGGUGACAUUUCAUGCGUCAUUGAACUCAGCUGAUUUGUGAGACGGAGUUUUGCAUUCAAUCUUAGCAACGGUCACUUUGCAUCCUUUUUGGCUAUAUUUUCGGCAAAAUCAUGAAUUCUACAAUGCAGACAAUGAAAAGAAGAACUUUGAGAAGAAAUAAGGAGGAAGCAGCCAAAGAUGAGGAUAAAACUGGUGAUUUGACUGUGGAUUACAGGAUGGCUGAUAAUUUUGACCAAAAAGAGAUAAUAUUCAAUAUUCCACCCGGAAAUGCCUAUGCAAAGAGUAUUCUGCCAAUACGAGCAUUAUACAGAUUAUCAAUCAUUUUGACACAUUUCUGGUGGUUAUGCUUAGAUUGUUUGAUUGCCUUAUUUAUUCGUACUACCGAAGAACCCGAUGUUAUCGACAGAAGGAAAAAUAUCCUACACAAAUUGAGCAUCCUUUCAAGGGCUCUAUUCUUCACUGUGACAUUUCUCCUACUCUCACCAUUUGCAGUAAUUGGAUUUCUCAUAUGGUUACCAUUGCAAUUAUGCCUACCAAGGGCGUAUUCGUUCUACUCAGCAGAAGACGCUUACGAAAGGCAGCAUUUGUUAUUUUCUGAUACAACACCUUAUAAACAAAUGACUACAAUGAAAGAGGAUUCUAAUUCUAAUACCAAAUCAAAUAUUAAUAAACUGAUGUCGAAAGAUAUUUCAACUACUUCAUUUAUGAAUGUAAAAAAAUCAUAUGUUUUGGUAUCAGGGAAUGUUUGCCUUAUGCCAGAAUUUCUUGCUAAACUUAACAAUGUCAGUAAUUCCGUAAAAAGAGCAGAAAAAAUUUCGAAUCUGCUGUGUGGAAAUCAAAUACCUUCAAAUAGUCAUAAAGCGCAGAAUUACAUUGUGCAAAACGCAAAUGAUGGAAAAUUAUUGGACACUGAAAUGCUUGUGAAAACUGCAAGUGAAACCUCUGUCACGGCAAGCAGUUUUGGAAGUAGAUUUGAGAAUGAAAGUUGUUUGGAAGAUGAAGUUAUUUCAUUGGACUCAACCAGUGAAGCCUCUAUUCAAUGGAGUGUGUCAAGUAAAGAACGAGCCGUUUCUGAAAGUUUUCCAAAAUAUUGUGAUUUUCUAUGUUUGCAAGAAAUUUUUGACAGAAGAGCUGCUGAUGUAUUAUUAAAUGGACUUCGUAGCAAAUACCCUUAUAUAUUAUAUGAUGUUGUCUGGCCAAUACACCAUCGCCGAAUCAGUCUAUUGAACAGUGGUUUAUGCAUUGCAAGUAAAUAUCCAUUUCUAGAUGUAAAGUUCAAGGCAUUUCCUGAUGGAUUCAGAGAAGACAAAUUUGCUUGCAAAGGACUCUUAAUGACAAAGGUUUAUCUGGGAGAAUCUGAUGAUGGAAAACCACUCGUUGGAUAUCUUUCCACAACACAUUUACAAGCAAUAACCCACACUAAAGCAUCUCAAGUUCGAUGUAGACAACUUAAUUUAAUACAAGCAUGGCUGGAUGAUUUUAAAAAUAGUACAAAGAACAAGCACCAUACUGUGAUGUUUGAUAUUGUUUGCGGAGAUUUUAAUUUUGAUCAAGAAUCACACUUUGAAGAAGAUGAAAGAAAAUGUGAAUUUAGAAGAAUUUAUCGAGAUCCUUGCAUGAAUGAGAUGACAGGACAACAACAUAACUGGGUUAUAGGAACAGAAUUACUACCAGAGUGUAUACAUGAUCAAGCUGUAAAUUCGUCGAAAGGUCUGCAAAGGAUGUUGAUAUCAGAGUUGGAACGACCUCGUUAUGUAGCUUCUACUUUGCCUGCAAACUGUGCAAUGACUAAAAUGUCUGAUGGUCGAAGAAGAAUAGAUUAUAUUCUAUAUAAGCCUUGUGGUAACAAGAAAAUGGUUAUUAAAGAUUUCAAGUUUAUCACUGGUUUUGCUACACUUACUGAUCACAUUCCAUUGAGUAUGACUUUUUCUGUUGACGAUUGAUGGCCGACUAAUAUGCUGCUGGGUUUUAUCAUAUUGGAAUAGCGCAAUAUACUAAUAUUCGUGAAAGUUUUGCUAGGAGAAACCAUUAGGUUUUAUUUUCCGAAUAUGAUUAGGGCAAUAUUUUUGGCAAAUGAACUCAUGGUAAUUACUUAAAAUACUUGUUAAGAUUACUGGUUUAUAAAUCUCCAUAACUGUAUGGCUAUCUAUUUUUAUGAUCUUCUCUGAUAGUAAAAAUUAAUUUGUUCGUGCCAAAUUUCAUUCACUUCAUCGAAGUGUAAAAAGUAUAGUAUGUUCAAUGGUCUACUGUAGCUACGUAUGAAUGGCAGUCUAUAUGAAACUGUACAAGCGGAGGGCAACAAAAGUUCUAACAACUAAAUCUUAAUUCUGUUGAUAAAUUUAAUCUUGCCGAAAUCAUUUUGAAGCAAAUAAGUUUAUAUGAGAUUUUUUAUACUUUAUCUUGAGAGGGAGGAUGAAACCUGAUGGCAACAAUAUGCUUCUUCUGAGGUAGUGUCCUAACUUCCAUAUGCCACUGUCGUCAUUUGGUAAAAAAGCUUUAAAAAUGUCCAACUUUAUACAAGGUAAUUAAUAUCCUUCACGGCAAUAAGUUUAAACGGUACAAAUUUUUGUAUUACUCUUAUUACUGCAGUUUGAUUCUCAUUAAUUUAUUUUUUCUAUAUAUUUUAAACAUUCACAGAUAUAUUAAUAUGAUUAUAGUCUGACUGGCAGAUUGGUUCAUGUAAUUCAAGGUGUGAUGCCCCCAGCUCAAUAGGAUAGUGUUAACGAGCAUUUGAAGCUGCCAUUUCCUGGUACACUGAAAUACAUCGGGUUCGGUUUUAUUUGGAAAUGGGAAUUAUGUUUUAGACGCGUCGGCUAGCUGGAAAUGAAAUUUGGGUUUGA